GCGCUGACGGGGCUGGCGACGGCGAUGGCGGCGGACGGCGGGGCGGUGCGGCGGCGCGGCGGCCCGUGGAGGACAGCGGCGGCCACGGCUCUGCCCUCCUGGCGGCUGCGCUGCGAAGGCGGCCGGCAGCGCUGGCAAUACCUGGACGACGGCGACGACGACGAGGCGGGCGGCGAGCGGAGGGCGCAGACGGCGCUGGAGGAGCACUGUCUGGGCUUGAACACGGGCCAGGUGCUGCCCCCCUCACCGGCGGCCGACACGGCCCGGGAGGCUGCCCACAAGGGCAUGCGGUUCUACGCCGCUCUGCAGGCCGAGGACGGGCACUGGGCGGGCGACUACGGCGGGCCCCUCUUCCUCCUGCCAGGCCUCCUCAUCACUUGCCACACUGCCAAGAUCCAACUGCCGGAGGGGUUUCGGAAAGAGAUGGUCCGCUACCUGCGCUCUGUGCAGCUCCCUGAUGGAGGCUGGGGCUUGCAUGUGGAAGACAAAUCAACAGUGUUUGGCACAGCACUCAACUACGUGGCCCUGAGGAUCCUGGGGCUCGGACCAGAUGACCCUGACGUUGUGAGGGCCCGUGUCAACCUGCACAGCAAAGGAGGUGCUGUGGGAAUCCCUUCCUGGGGGAAGUUUUGGCUGUCUGUCUUGAAUGUUUACAGCUGGGAGGGAAUGAACACACUUCUUCCAGAGAUGUGGCUGCUUCCUACAUGGUUCCCAGCCCACCCAUCCAGGCUCUGGUGUCACUGCCGCCAGGUUUACCUCCCCAUGAGCUACUGUUACGCCAAACGUCUGUCAGCAGAAGAGGACGAGCUCAUCCGCAGCUUGCGGCAGGAGCUGUAUGUGGAAGACUAUGGCAGCAUAGACUGGCCAGCCCAGAGGAACAACGUGGCUGCCUGUGAUGUGUACACCCCACAUAGCUGGCUCCUGGGUGCUGCCUAUGCCAUCAUGAACGUGUACGAAGCCCACCACAGCACCCAUCUGCGUCAGCGAGCCGUCACAGAGCUCUAUGACCACAUCAAAGCUGAUGACAGAUUUACCAAGUGCAUCAGCAUUGGGCCGAUUUCCAAGACGAUCAACAUGCUGGUUCGCUGGUUUGUGGAUGGGAAGGACUCCCCAGCUUUUCAAGAGCAUGUUUCCAGGAUCCCUGACUAUCUCUGGCUGGGCCUGGACGGCAUGAAGAUGCAGGGCACAAACGGAUCCCAGCUCUGGGAUACUGCCUUUGCCAUCCAAGCCUUCUUGGAGGCAGAAGCCCAGAAGAUGCCUGAAUUCACAUCCUGCCUCCAAAAAGCCCAUGAGUUCCUCCGGUUCACCCAGAUCCCAGACAACCCACCUGACUACCAGAAAUAUUACCGGCACAUGAACAAGGGUGGCUUCCCCUUCAGCACUAGAGACUGUGGCUGGAUCGUGGCAGACUGCACGGCAGAGGGGCUGAAGUCAGUUAUGCUGCUGCAGGAGAAGUGCCCCUUCCUAACCAAGCAUGUUCCCCAUGAGCGCCUCUUUGAUGCUGUGAAUGUGUUGCUGAGCAUGAGGAACUCGGAUGGAGGCUUUGCCACAUAUGAAACCAAGCGAGGAGGCCACUUACUGGAGCUGCUGAACCCCUCCGAAGUGUUUGGUGACAUCAUGAUCGACUACACCUACGUGGAGUGCACGUCGGCUGUGAUGCAGGCACUGAGACACUUCCAUGACAAGUUCCCCGAGCACAGAGCCCCAGAGAUCAGAGGGACUCUGCAGAAGGGCCUGGACUUCUGUCGCAAGACACAGCGAGCUGAUGGCUCAUGGGAAGGGAGCUGGGGCGUUUGUUUCACCUACGGCACCUGGUUUGGUCUGGAGGCAUUCGCCUGCAUGCAGCACACAUACCACAACGGGGCUGCAUGCCGAGAGGUGGCCCGGGCCUGCCAGUUCCUUCUCUCCAAGCAGAUGGAAGAUGGUGGGUGGGGAGAGGACUUUGAGUCCUGCGAGCAGCGCACGUACGUGCAGAGUGCCACGUCGCAGAUCCACAACACGUGUUGGGCCCUGCUGGGGCUCAUGGCCGCCAGGUACCCUGACAUUGACGUGCUGGAAAGGGGCAUCAAAGUGUUGAUAGAUAAGCAGCUGCCCAACGGGGACUGGCCUCAGGAGAAUAUUGCUGGGGUGUUCAACAAGUCAUGUGCCAUCAGUUACACUGCCUACCGCAACGUCUUCCCUGUCUGGACGCUGGGCCGCUUCUACCGGCUGCAUCCCAGCAGCUCCCUGGCGGGGAUGGCCUCCUCCUCCGCCCAGGAGGCCUCCUCUGCCUGGGCCCGGGCCACUGCAGGGGCUGUGGCCUCUGACCUGUCCUAGAAGUCAGCUGCUGCCUGGGGCCAGGGGCUGUUUGCUGCACAGAGCAUCUUAGUGCUGAUCCUGACAUGAUGGCUGCCCCCGCUGCCAGGGGGGAGUGCUGCUGUGCUGCUUCCGAGCCUCUGCUUCCUGAUUAACCUCUUCUGAAAACCCACCUUUGGAGGUUUUUUCCCAGCUCUAUCCUCCUUCACGGGAUGGAGAGUGAAGUGCCUUUUCAUAGCAAUUUUCUGAUCUGAGAAAGCUGGUGAGCUGUUUGGCACACUCAUCUCAGCAGCCUCCCGUCCUGGGUACAGCAAGGCUGCCUGUCUCUUCCUUCAUGCUGUCCCGGUUGGCUCUCUGGGGCGAGUGUGGGAUUUGGGGCCUCCCUGUGCCCAGCAUUGUGAUGAGGGCACUGCACAAUCCCUGCUGAGCUGGCCUCUGUGCCAUGGGUGCCAGCGCCUGCCUUGGAUGUGCCAUCUGCCCUGGAGCCGGUGCUGGCAGGGUCAGGGCACCCAUCCUCCCCCAGACAGAGGGGAAAGAGGAGCACUUCCUUCAAUGCUUCUCCCAUUCCAUCCCCUGGCAUCUGGCUUCCAGAGCCUCAGAGGUGAAAACCACAGCAGCAUUCCCACUUGGAAAGAGGAGAGACUGAUGCAGAAAGCGCUGAGGGGGUGAGCAUCAGGGCACGGCUGCGGGGCUGCCCCUUCCCCCAGCGCCGCCAGUGCCUUGCUCCUGGCCCCGUGCACUGGGGCAGCCACACGUGGUUGUCAGAGCUGGGAGUCACGUUGACUGACAGGUUAAUAAAGUGCUAAUGG